GAAACGAAAAGAGUCAUCGUCUUCAAAAUAUUGGUGUGAAGCUAUGCGAAGCUACGACGUCGUCUGGGUCUCCUUCCCCAAAUGAAUUGAACGAAGCUACGACGAAGCUGCUCCUUUAUUGUUCGUAUUCUUUAGCACUCUUUCUGUUUCUUCCAAACCAGAAAGAGUGCUAAACCCAAAAGCCAAAGGUAACCCUCUCUCCUCCUCAAACCCCCAAUUUUCACUUUCUCUGAUUUCCUCAAAGACCCAAUUUUUAUCGCAAUUCACACCAUUCAAUCCAACCCUUUAUUCAAUUUCCCCCCAAUUCGAAAACCCUAGUCUUGCUUUUUCCCAAUUUCGACUUCAAUUAGGGUUUUGAUCAGGAGGGGGGUCGAUCAUGGGAGGACCCAGUUACUUUUUCGGGUCUAGAAAGACCCGAAUUCGUGGGGCUUUCAAUGCAAUUAGUGCUCUGGUGUUGUUCUUCUUGUUCUACACCCAAGAUGGUUUCAUCAAAAACCCAAUUCUGGGUGCUUCGAAUUCGGUUCUUCCUCCUAUCUGGAGCUCCAAAGUUGAUGCCUUUAUGGGUAAUCGGGUCGAGAUUAUUCGCCGGAGAAUGGCCCAGGUCAAUGCUGAUGUUAGUUUUUCGAAUCAGAGUAGUAUUAGUGUUAAUGGGUCUGAUGCCAACUUUGUAACGGCUGCUGAUCCUAAAAUGUGCACUGGGUUGUUCACACACCAUGGUUUCGCAACCAAAUGCGAGUACUUGAUUGCCCACCCGGAAUGUAAUCCUGGCGGGCACUUUAAUUACAUUAAGUUUCUGUACUGUGACUGUGGGAGCUUUAACUUUCUGGGUUAUAUUGCAUUGACAAUUUGGUUAGCUGCAUUGUUCUAUCUGUUGGGGAAUACUGCCGCGGAUUACUUCUGUUGCUCGCUGGAGAAGCUUUCGAGUCUGUUGAAUUUGCCCGCCACUGUGGCGGGUGUGUCUCUGCUUCCGCUUGGGAAUGGUGCUCCGGAUGUGUUUGCCAGCAUUGCUGCUUUCGUGGGGAAGGAUGCGGGCGACGUGGGGCUGAAUAGUGUGUUGGGUGGAGCUGUUUUUGUUACUUGUAUUGUUGUUGGGAUUAUAUGUCUUUGUGUGGCGGAUAAGGGGGUUCAGCUCGAUAGGAAGUGCUUUAUCAGAGAUAUAUGUUUUUUCCUCUUUACAAUCUUCUCCCUUGCGAUGAUGUUGGUGGUUGGGAAGGUUACUGUUGGGGGUGCUAUAGCGUUUGUGUUGAUUUAUGCGGUUUAUGGGUUUGUGGUGGCUGCAAAUGAGCUUUUGAGGAAACAUGUUCGAAAGUUAAGGUUGGAUGUUGUAACACCAUUGCUUCCGGUUAGAGGAAGUAUAUUUUCGCAAGGAAAUGAGGAGGAUGAUUCCAUAUAUGCUGGGCUACUUGAAUCUGAAGAGGGGAGUGACGUGCCUCACCUCCAAAGUAAGCUGCCGCAGUGGAUGUGGGCUUCAAAUGUAGCAAUUUAUUCAAAUCAGAGUGCAAAGAAUAGUACAGACAGCCCAAGGUCAUUGUGGGGUUGGAACGAAGAGGAACAGAGCAAUGAAAACUCUUCCUCUUUCAAAGUUCUAUCAGUGCUACAGCUUCCAUUGACGCUGCCAAGACGAUUGACAAUCCCCAUAAUUGAGGAGGAUAGAUGGUCCAAAGGUUAUGCUGUUGCAAGUGCUGUGUUGGCUCCUAUUCUUCUGGUAUUCUUAUGGAGCAUUCAAGAUGAUGUGGGAUCUAGGAGUGUGAAGAUUGCAUAUUUUAUAGGUAUUGUCUCUGGUGUUGUUUUGGGUGUCCUUGCAUAUAUAUACACCAGAGCUGACCAGCCUCCUCGCAAAUUUUUAUUUCCAUGGGUUUUGGGAGGAUUUUUCAUGAGUAUCAUCUGGUUCUACAUUGUUGCAAAUGAGCUAGUUUCACUACUGGUGGCACUGGGUGUGAUUUUUGGAAUAAAUCCAUCAAUUCUCGGAUUGACUGUAUUAGCUUGGGGCAACUCGAUGGGUGAUCUAAUGUCGAAUGUUGCACUGGCAAUUAAUGGUGGUGACGGUGUACAAAUUGCAAUGUCAGGAUGCUAUGCUGGGCCUAUGUUCAACACACUUGCUGGCUUGGGGUUGUCAAUGCUGUUUGCCGCCUGGUCUAAGAGACCCGCAUCUUAUAAAAUACCCAAAGAUAGUAGCUUGUAUUUUACAAUGGGAUUCCUAGUGGCAGGGCUUAUUUGGUCACUGAUUGUGCUGCCCAGGAAUGACAUGCGCCCCAACAAGAUCUUAGGAGUUGGCCUUAUAACACUCUAUUUGAUAUUUCUCUCCCUCAGAAUAGCCGCAUCAAUGGGGGGACUGUGACUGGUAGUUCUAUAAAUAAUUAUUGCAUUGGUUUGCUAGGUUGUGUCUUGUACAGAGUUGAGUUGGAAUGGCAUUAUUGGUGCCAGAAGCUGAGUGUUCCUUCAGGAGUAACUGAUACUGUUUGUUGUCUUUGAUAAUGUAUUCCACUUGUUAAUAUAAAAACAGAUUUUGUCGACUCAAAUUUGAACUUGGAAAAUUGUUUA